GUGGUGAUUUUAAUCAGAGGCGGCGCGUGCCUUGUAGACCUUAGUAGCGAUGAUUGAGCACGUGAAAGAACAAACGUCAGUGUGUUAAGUCAUUUACAAACAAAUCGAUCUUCUUCUCUGUCGCAUCUACAUUUUUCCCCUGUUUUGUCACAAUGUUUGACCUAAAGAAGAGGAACAGUUUGACACUUCGCAGCAGCCAUGACACGGAGGAGUUCAGACGAGUGGCUGUCAGACGCAAAGUUAAAGGAGCUGCUGUGGACUGCGACGCCUCUCACCCAGUAGCAGGCAGUGGAGUGUGUGGCUCAUACAUCAGCGGCAGUGCUUGUGACAGCUUCUAUGGAUCAGAACCUCACUCCAAAAUUGAAGCAGAGGAAGACGGGGAACGAGUCCCAGUCAAAAGAUCACCUGUCAAACCACAAGUGCCUCCUAAACCAGCUCACCUGCAAAGCCUUCUGAGUCCAGGACAAGCUCAAGCCCACAGUCCUACUUCAGGAAAAUCAGUACCUCAUCAGGUUAAUGGUUCAGACCAGAGACUUUCUGUUGCCUGUAUCAGCCCGUCAAGGACUCGUCAAGGCUCCCCUAGUCUUGUCAGAGGAGGAAGCUGUUUUUUAAAAGGUGUAUCUGGGGUGCAGAUCAGCCCUUCCAGACAUACUCAUGGGAUUCCAAAUCUUACAAGCAGUCCAGGUUCAGGAUCUCCCAGUGCAGGCAAAAGAGGCAUACAAAGCUGUAGCCAACUGAAGGGAGGAGAACACGGCCCUGCAAAGUAUUCCCCAAGGAACCAGAGCCCUCUAAUAAGAAAACUGCAGACCCCUAGCCCAAUGCACGGCAAGAUGGGGAGCAACAGCCCUGCCAAGUACUCUAAAUCCUGGCUUGGACUAAACCGAAUACCAAGCGUAAAGUUGGAAGGACAAGAGAAGAAAGAGGGGAAGUCUUUGAGUGUGCCUGACUUGAUUUUUCACUUGGAUGAAAGCAGGUUUUUCCCCACUGAAAAAGUUGAACGUCCUCCGCUGAAACUGCUGCAAUCACCCAACCUCGACAGGCCAGCCAUCAACAUAAAAUCCCCCGCAACCUAUGGACUAAAUCAUUCCACAAAUGAAGCCCAUCUAUCAAACGACGACAAAGAGCUUUUCCCACCACAAAUGAAUGGCACAGUGCAGGUGAGAGAUUCCACUGCAGUGAAGGGGAAGGGGACAGAUGAUAAAAUGGAAGAAGGCAAGAUCUCAUAUGGCUGCAAGUGUGCCUGCUUGUGGAAUGGGGCAUCUACAGAAUAUAGCAUGCUUCAGAAGGAGUCUAAUGAUGAACAAAAGGAUGAGGGGAAGGGAAAGGUGAGAGAAGGAGCUGAGCCAAAAGAUGAAGAGAACACAGAGCAGAAGCUGUACAAGAUAGCCAAAGAACUCCUGCAGACAGAGAGGGCUUAUGUGGCUCGUCUCCACCUGCUGGACCAGGUGUUCUGCUCACGUCUAACAGAAGAGGCGGGCCGAGGCUCUUUCCCCCCUGAUGUCAUCAAAAAUAUCUUCUCCAACAUUUCAUCUAUCUACUCUUUUCACAGUCAGUUUCUGCUUCCUGACCUGGAAACCUGCAUCAGUCACUGGUGUGAGAGCCCAGGCCUGGGUAAUGUUCUGCUGCAGAACGCACCCUUCCUCAGGAUGUAUGCAGACUAUGUCAGGAACUUCGACCAGGCCAUGGAGCUGGUCAGGACCUGGACAGAACGCUCGUCUGCCUUUCGAAAUAUAAUCCAGGACAUUCAGAGUCAGGAGGCGUGUGGCAACCUGACCCUGCAGCAUCACAUGUUAGAGCCAGUCCAGAGAGUUCCACGUUAUGAGAUGUUACUCAGGGAUUACCUAAAGAAACUGCCCGUAAAUAACCCAGAUUAUGAUCUUUCUCACAAAUCCUUGCAGACCAUUUCCAUGGCAGCCACCCACUCAAACAGUGCCAUCCACAAAGCUGAGAGCCUCAAGAGGCUGCUGGAGAUCUAUGAGAUGGUUGGAGAAGAGGAAGUGGUCAAUCCAACCAACGAGUUUCUCAGGGAAGGCCGUCUGCUCAAGCUUGCUGCCAGGAACACAUCUGCCAUGGAGAGGUACCUAUUCCUGUUCAACAACUUUCUGCUGUGCUGCACUCCAAAGUUCAGCCUGGUUGGGCAGCGCUUUACUGUCCGCUGCAGGAUUGGAGUGGACGACAUGCAGGUGCAACAAACCACCAAUGAAGACCACCCACACACCUUUCAAGUUUCUGGAAAGGAGAGGACUCUUGAGCUGCAGGCCAGCUCUGAAGAAGAGAGAGAUGAUUGGAUAAAGGUCAUUCAGGAAGCCAUUGAUGUGUUUGAAAUGAAGAACGAAACCUUCAAACUGGCUUCUAAGGAGCCAAAUAUAGAAGACUCAACGGAGGAGCUUGGCCGGCGUGCCCCUCGUUGGAUCAGAGACAACCAGGUGACCUUGUGUAUGAAAUGUCAGGAGCCUUUCAACGCAAUCACCAGGAGGAGACACCACUGCAGAGCCUGUGGCUGUGUUGUGUGCUGGAAGUGUUCAGACAAUAAAGUGGCUUUAGAGUAUGAUGGGAACAAGCUGAACAAAGUGUGUAAAGCCUGCUACUCCAUCCUGAGCUGCCAAAGAGGGGAAAGGUCAGAGGGGAAGAAAAGGAGAAUGCUGGAGUCUGAGGCAUCUCUAGUGUCCACUGACCGCUUUAGGCUUCCUGCUGUUCGGGGACAACCCGAAGACCAUGCAACAUGUUUGGUGUGUCAUCACCAGAACAGACUCUCCUCCUGUCCUUAAUCUGUACACAGCUACUCAGGACUUGAAGCCCUUGACCUGUAUACCUCUACCGGGCUGCAGUGUGAAGGAUUCCCCACAGGACCUCUAGGGUCAGCCUUGUUUCUGUUUGACUCGAUCAAAAACCACCCACACUUUCUCCUGCGAGAGCUCGGAAGUCAAACAGAGCUGGCUGACUGCUCUGAAAGUAUCUGUGACAGGUUGGCAGCAUCUAUACUCGGUGACUAUGACAACAUCCCUGGUGGCUUCAGAUGUGACGUUAAUGGU